AUGGCGUCUACCACAGAUCCCGAUGUUAGCUGUAGUACACGAACUCCAUCUGCUUUAACCUGCACCAUUUGCAAUCUCCCCGCAAAAGACUGUGCACGCUGCAGAUCUGCUGCCUACUGUUCCCCCACAUGUCAAAAUCUAGAUUGGCCUCUCCAUAAAACCCUCUGCAAAAAGUUUACCGCCACCCCUCCACGUCCAAGUCUCGCCCACAAGCUUGGCAUUCUAUUUCCUCCUGAUAGCACAUCCCCAAAAUUAGUAUGGGUAAACUUUGUCAAGACCAAAUUCACCGAAAUCGAAGGCCUGUUCGAUGUGCCAAAUGUCAGUGAAUUUCUCACUUACGGCCCAAGCGAUCGAUUUGAUCCCGAACAACUUCUCAUCGAGCCUCAGAGAAUUAUGCGAGAACAGAACAUCGAUCAUACGCUUGCUGUUUACAUGCGAGAUAACUUUGGAGCUGAUGGAUCGAAGAUGACGCAGUCUGCAAGUUCAAUUACGGGUGGAAAGAUGACGCAUGAUUGGAAAGGACCUUUGGUUAUUCUUUCUAUGGAAGGGCAAUCCAUUCCACGAACCAGAGAGUUAAAGAUAGAAGGCAUGACGGUUCUUCGUACUUCGGCCGGUCUUGCUUUUCAAGGAAGCAUGGAUGUUACGUUGAAAGACUUGAGGAUUGUUCUUGAUUAUUUCUUGGCUUAUCCUUAUGAGUUGGAACGCGGUCUUCAUCUGAGAGAUCUCAACGGAAACCGCUUGUAA